AUGAACGUCAAUGGAAACGGAGGAGGAGAUCGGGAGAGCAGAAGGAGAUACGAUGAUGAUGAUCGACAUUCCUCACGAAGGCAUAGAGGUGAAUACUAUGAUGAAGACAGAGAUAGAAGAUCAAGUAGAAAUGGAUAUUCCUCAAGAAGAGGUGAUCGUGAUCCAUACUAUUACGAUUAUCGCGGAAAUGGUGGAGGAUACCAUCAUGAUCGAUAUGAUAGAGGCUAUGGAGGGCGGCGAGACGAUAGAAGAGGAAGAGGUGGAGCAGGAUGGAGAGAUGGACCAUCACAAGAAGCAAGUUCUAGCAUCCGAAGAAGUCCGACCCCUCCAGGCACAAGGCCGAUCAGUGAAAGGGUACGUAAGAAUAGCAAAUGGGAUCUCCCACCGGAUGGAUACGAAUCCAUGACACCUAUGCAAGCAAAAGCGACGGGAUUGUUUGGCAUUCCAGGACAGACAAGAACACUUGGAGUGCAAGGUGCUAGCUUGAUCCGAGGUGCGGAGGGAGCUGCAUCAAGUGGCAUCACAGCUGUUCCCAUGGCAGGCAGCGCAGCAGGAGGAGAUGCAUCAACUAAUGGCGCUGCCACGACGGGAGCAACGCAAGCUAAUAGACAAGCUAGAAGAUUGUAUGUUGGAAAUAUCGGUAUGCAUGCAUCAGAGGACAGUCUACUUCGAUUCUUCAACGACCAAAUGCGCAAGAUGAACUUUGCCAUCGAAGAAGGCGAUCCAGCGAUUGCAGCGCAGGUGAAUGGAGAGAAAGGGUAUGCAUUUAUUGAGUUGCGCGAUACGAGAGAAGCAACGAAUGCAAUGUCGUUUGACGGUAUUAUCUACCAAGGUCAAAGUAUCAAGAUUCGCAGACCAAAGGAUUAUAUCGGACCGGACCCACAUCCUCCCGCUAAUAAACAUGUUCCAGGUGUGAUUUCUACAAAUGUUCCAGAUGGUCCCAACAAGAUCUAUAUUGGAGGAUUACCGACCUAUUUGGUAGAAGACCAAGUGAUCGAAUUGCUGAAAUCAUUUGGUGAUUUACGAAGUUUCAAUUUGGUACGAGAAGCAGGCGUAAACGGAGCCAGUAAAGGAUUCGCAUUUUGUGAAUAUGUCGAUACAAAUAUUACGGAUCUUGCCAUUCAAGGUUUGAAUGAUAUGGAGCUAGGAGAUAAAAAGCUUUUAGUGCAAAGGGCAAGCGUUGGUGGAACGAGUACCGGUCAAAGAACAAUCACUGGAGCCAAUGCUGCACCACUCAUGACUGGCGCAAAUGGAAUUGGAGCAGGUGUAGCAUCUGAAAAUCUUGCUGGUGCAGGAGAGCCAACGAAAGCUAUGGUCUUGCUCAAUUGCGUUACAGCAGAAGAGCUUGUCGAUGCACAAGAAUAUCAAGAGAUCGUUGAAGAUAUGCGAGAUGAAUGUUCUCGGUAUGGACGAGUGGUGGAUAUGCGUAUUCCAAGACCGGAAGCGGCUAGUAAAGGAUCAGCAGCACAAUCAUGGAAACAAAUCAAACGUGAAGAAGAAGAAAGUUCAACGGAACGUGAAGGUGUUGGAAAAGUGUAUGUUUUGUUUGACGAUACCCAAGCUUGCCAAAAUGCAUUACAAGCAAUCGCUGGUAGACAAUUUGCAGGAAGGACGGUCAUUGCUGCUUUUAUUAGCGAAGAUUCAUUCCCUUCUGACGAAGAUGGUGGCCGUGAUGCGGAAGAGACUACGAAGCAGGCGACCAGUCUGUAA